UCAAGACCCCAGAAAAUUGCUAGCUAUGCAAUGUAUCAAGUUUUCAUCAGCAGAUACCGUUUGGCCGAGGUGUCACACGGCAAGCCCUACUAUGUUUACUGUAUUGAAGUAUUGGAGUCGGAAAGAGGCACUCAACACUUCAUCGAGAGAAGAUACAGCGAAUUCAGCGCGUUACAUCGCACGUUGAAAAAGGAGAACGCGGUGGUCGCUCCGUUUCCACCGAAGAGGGUAAGAAACUGCCAGCCAAAGGUGCUCGAGCAAAGACGGGCGGCAUUGGAGCUGUACAUUAAAAAAAUGCUACGUCUUUCAGCGACGAAGCAACAGGUUCUCAAUUUCCUGGGUAUAGAAAGUCGAGCCACCGUCGCGUCAUACAAAAGCACAUGCAAGGACACAGAGGGUGCCCAGCAGGAGCAUCCAAACACUCUGGGCCAUUAUCCGGUAUUAAGUUUCCAUUGUGAUCCGUACACACAGUCGAAUUCGUCCUCUAGUCUUCCGGAUAUUGUAAUCAACGGGGUUCUCCUCGGUAUAUACAAGUCGUGAGUUUACGAUCGUCUCUUCUUGCGGCACAAAGAACGACGAAAUGAUCGCGUUUUACCGUGCAGCUCGGCGGCCGUAAGCGUAUUCGCAUGGAAAUUAACGAAACAGCAUUUUUGCUCGUCUCUGUCUCUCUCUUUAUCAGCAACCAAUAU